AUGGGCUGCUUUACACUUCUAACCUUGGCCGCCGCCGCAUCGGCUAGUGUCAUUGAGCUGCCUGUGCACAUACAAAACACAUAUGCCUCAGUAGAAUUCCAGGUCGGCACUCCAGGCAAGACGACCCGGCUGCAAUUCGACACAGGAUCUUCGACGGCAUGGAUGGUCGGUACCGGCUGCACAGACACCUCGUGUCCCAACUCGAGCGGCUACGACCGCAUCGAGUAUAACACCUCGGCUUCCUCAACUUCUGUAGACCUGGGCUCGUUUGCGCGGAUUCCGUACAUUGACGGCGAUGCCGUGACGGGAGAGGCCAUUCAGGAUGUCUUUGUGGAUGAAGCCGGCACUCUCGAAUGGAAUCAGACAUUCCUAUCCGUGAACCAGAGCAGCUGGCGCUUUACGACGGCCGACGGCCUGCUCGGUCUCGGUUUCUCGUCCAUUGCCGAGAAUUCAACGUCUUCUCUGGUCGAGACCCUGCUGUGGGACAACCAACUGGACGAAACGCGGUUCUCUCUGUUUUACGGCACCGACCUGAGCGAUGCGGGCAAAGACGGCGUCCUGACCAUUGGCGGCAGCCACGAGGACACAUAUGUUGACGGCGAGGUAGCCUACGUCCCGCUGCGCCAGGAGAACCCGUACCAGCUGUGGCGGACGGCGCUGCGAUCUGUCAACGUGCUGGCCACCCGCGAGGCCAACUCUACGGUCACGGUGCACAACGGCCAGCUUCCCACGACCAAUGACCCGGCCGGCACGUGGCCUAAGUCCAACACGACCUGGUCAAUGUACGGCGCCGGCACGGCCGUGUUCGACACUGGCGCCGGCCGCAUCUCCGUCCCCGACGAGAUCAUUGACGCCGUCUACUUCAACCUGGGCUGGAACGUGACCAAGCUCAUGAACGGCGAGGAGCGCAUGGAGUGCCAGCACCUGAACGCGUCCUGGGCCAUCUCCUUUACCCUUGGCGAGGGCGACGAGGCUGAUGACAAGACGUUUACGAUCCGCGGUGACGAGUUCACCAGACCUGGCGACCAGUGCAUGCCCCCGGUCGACAACAGCGGUGGCAAUGGUUUUGCGCUCAUUGGUGCUGCUUUCCUGCGCCGCCACUACUCCGUCUUCGACUUUGGUGCUACCGAGGUUGCCGAUUACCAGCCCAAGAUUGGCUUCGGAAGACUCAAGGAGGAAUAUGAUUACAUGUAUGCAUCAACAUAA